CCUGUACUCAAACACCCAGACACCAUCGUCGAAAUCGAAGCAAAACUGCGAACCCAGCUUCAUUCGAUUAUAUCUGACAGAUCUGUCGUAGCUGUGAAGACUUGCGUGCCGACACCAUCGCAAAACUUACACGAGGGCCGGGACAUCAGCAUGAACGCUCAAGAGCCGUCCAAGGCGAUGACCCUGGCAGUUUCGACCUUGGUGGCUCUCGCGAGUGGCUCUAAUUACGUAUUUUCAACAUACGCUCCGCAACUCGGCGAGCGGUUGCGCAUCUCUUCAACUAAGCUCAAUGCCAUCGGAAUCGCUGGUAAUAUAGGCGUAUAUUUAAGUGGACCAUUUUGGGGCCAUUUAAUCGAUCUGCAAGGGCCGCGUAUUCCUUUGGCAGCGGCAUCGAUAUUGAGCUGUACCGGGUAUGGAUUCAUCUGUAUCAUGUACCUUCAUCCCGGACCUUUCAUCGCUGCCGAAGAUCACCAAAAUGGAGGCGGGUCGUUAUCGGCCAUUGGACUUGGCCUCGCAUUAUGCUCGAUGUGCAUGACAGGCUGUGGAGCCACUGCAGGGCUUAUGAGCGGCCUGACUAGUGUGGCGAGGAAUUUUCCACCGCAAACGCGGGCGAGCGCGACAUCUGUUUGCAUCGCAGGUUAUGGUCUUUCGGCUUUUCUCUUUGCGUCUGUUUUCCGUGCAGCCUGUCGGGGCAGUGUUUCAGCGUUUCUCGCAGUACUAGCAGUCGGGACAGGCCUCCCUAUGGGGUUAGGUUCUCUAACGUUGAAACGGACCACGCUGUCACACAGAACCGGUAUCGACACUUCCAACCAUUAUCACCGUAUCGUAACUUCCGGGGACACCGAUGCAGGAGAAGGCUGGCAUAUCGAUACCGUCCGAGAUGACAGGCUUGAGAAUGCUAGGCCAGCUGAAGACGCGACGGAGUCCAUACUUGGUGAGGAUGAGGUCUCAGCGGAGGUGUGCAUCACAGAGACGAUAGACGUCCCGUCUGCGCCGCGAGUGCGAAGUCCCGGUGCAAGAGGGAUUAAGUUGUUGGAAGAGACAGACUUUUGGCUGUUCUUUGUUAUACUAAUGCUACUCGCCGGUACCGGACUCGUUUACAUCAACAAUAUUGGUACCAUAGUAGCUACACUUACGAGGCCAACGGACGGCGUGGCACCAUUUGAAGCAAAUAACAUAACAUCAAAACAUCAAGCGCUUCAAGUUUCACUCAUUUCCAUCUCAAAUUGCAUUGGUCGUCUCGUGAUGGGCUGUGCAAGCGAUUACAUGCAGAAUACCUUCCACCUAUCGAGAAGGCUGUUCUUGGUACCCAUUGGACUAUCAUUCGCAGUCUCGCAAGUCCUCGCCCAUGAUACUGAUGCGAUUGAGGGACUUUGGAAGACUUCUUUGACAUUGGGCUUUGCGUACGGGUGCAUAUUCUCCUUACUGCCAAUGAUCGUCCUUGAAGCUUUUGGCAUAAUGCACUUUGCCGCGAAUUGGGGCAUCGUGUCAAUCGCUCCUGCUGUUGGAGGCAAUCUAGGCAAUCUCCUUUUUGGCAGCAUUUAUGACUCGCACACGGAGUCGAUAGACCUGCCGAGUUAUCAUUCCAUUUGUGAAUUGCGACAAGACUGCUAUAUAGAGGUCUUCUCCUGGACUAUCCAAUGCUGUCUCUUAGCCAGUGUGCUUGGUUGCGUCGCCAUUUGGAACGGCCCUAGUGUUGCGCACGGCAAAUGAACCAAUGCCGCCCUCGCCGCUUGGUCAACAAGAGAUGAUGACUUGUAUCCUCCAGUGUA